AUGUUCAAGAAAUACAUUCUUGUCAUAUCUGCUAACCUACUUUUAAAAAUUGCAUUUAAUUCUAGCCCAUUUGGUGUGCAUUGCUUGGGCACGCUAAUAGACCCAGAAGCAUCAACUGUAAGGGAAGGAAAUAUUUCUGUAAACUACCAACCCACAGAACACAAUCCAAGCGAAGCAUAUGACUAUGUAAUAUUACAAGAACAUAAUGAUGGUUUAAAUGUAGCAAAUGAGAAACAUGAGAAUGAAAAGGAUGUAGAACUGCAAUGCUUAGAUGAAAGUAUUAAAAGUGAUGAAGGAGAAAAACCAGUGGAAGAAAAGGAGGACGAUGACGAAUCUAAUAAAGAUGAGAAAAAAGAGGCUGAUGGAGGAGAACACGAAGGGGAUUGCGAAGUAGCUGGAGAACAUGUACCACAAGAACUGAACGAAAAUGGAAUAGAUGCAAAUGAAAAUACAAACACCUCUGACGAAUAUAAUGAUAUACUUGACGGCUAUAAAACUAUAUAUUUUAUUUUAUUUACCGAAUUUGAGACAACAGAAACGUACUUGGAAAAAAUUAUGAAUUGUACCACAGAUGAAGAAAAAAAUGAACUGUUAGAUGACCAUAUUGGUAUUUUGAAAGAAAUGUAUGAGAAUAGCAAAAAGAAUGGAAACUUUAUAUUACCCUUUGAGUUACGAGAUUCCAUGGCACUUCGAAUAAGUGAUCGUCUUAGAGAUUUCUGCUUUAGCCCUUACCUAACAGAUUCGGGCAUGGCAACAUUAAAAUGUUUAUUUUCAAUUGAACAAGAAGUUUUCAAGGGUCUCUUUUAUUACGUAAAACAUAAAAACACGUAUAGUGAAAAAAAGGAAGUUAUAAACGACUUGGAAUUAAUAAGGUAUUAUCAUGAUGAAUUAGUUACCGAGUAUGGUUUGUACCUAACAGAAGAACAGCUAGACAAUGCAGCAAUGAGAGUAUCCAAUUUUGUCCAUGACGUUUAUUUUCUGUGCGCCUCAAAUUAUUAG